AGAGGAUACCGUCAUGGACGACGCACAGGCGUCUCAGGCUGGCGAGACUGAGCAGGCCGCCGAGGAGUUUGAGGAAUUGGAGAACAAGUUGUUUCUGCUGCCCGGCUCCACGCCGACUGCGGCAUCCUUUGAGUUCCGCGACGAGGGCCAUACCUUGGGCAAUGCCCUGAGGUACAUCAUCAUGAAGAACCCGGAUGUUGAGUUCUGCGCAUACGCCAUCCCUCACCCAUCAGAGCCCAAGAUGAAUAUGAGAAUUCAGACCUACAAGGAGACUACGGCUAUUGAUGCUUUAAAAAAGGGACUGAAGGACCUCCAGGAUCUGUGCGAUGUAGUCGCUGAGAAGUUCUGGGAGGCUCGGGUGCCCAGCGAGCCAGCACCCUCAAAGAAGCAAUUGCUGCCCAACGGCGAGCCGCGCUUGUUUGACUGAGGUUGAGGUGGAAGGUCUUGAGAAUGAUUUGCAUGGGAUGGCGUUCACGGCGUGACGGUAGAUGAUAGGACAUUGGAAAAAAGGAAUUCUGGAUCA